GCUAGUAAAUCUUAUAAUUUGCAGUGAAUCUGACUGUUUGUGUUUGCAGCGGGGUGCAGACAGGAUGCAGAGCCAUGCUCGCAGCUCUGGAGCCAAAGUGCGAGUAGAAAACAACAACAAGCUACUCUGCAAAGAAGGCAGCUGCAUGGAUAGCGACAACAACGACGAGCAGGAUCCCACGUAUGCAGACAUAUUUACUUAGAAAAAAAUGAAUAUUCUAUUCACAAUGAGUGGCAGUAAAUGUUCUCCGUGAGCUGAGGUGGUUUCAAUUUGCUACUUUGAGGGGAAAGUGUUUGUAAAGUAGCUGGCUAACCAGCUAGCUCUCCGCUUCUUCUCUAUGGUUGAGUAUCUUCCGGCAGCAGCGGCGGGAGCAGCGGUGCCAUGAACAGUGGACUCCCACCUUCCGCUGCUCCGCUCGGGGGUACCGGGAUACCUAAUGUCAAGGUAAAGUUUUGCCGAUACUACGCGAAAGACAAGACAUGCUUUUACGGAGAUGAGUGCCAGUUCCUGCACGAGGAUCCCUCCAUGGGAAGCAUGUCGCUGCACGGAGGCGGCGGUAGCCCCGUCCCGCUGCCUGUGGCUGGAGGUGGCGGGACGCCAGCGGGGUAUUCCCUCGGUGGCACGACGGCACCGGUCUGCCCAGGCGGCGGAGGGACCGGUGUGUCCAAGAAAACUGAAGCACUGGGGCCUGCGGGCACGACGUUGGACGGACAGCUGCUUACCAUCCCAGGGAUGGAGGGUCCAGCCCUAAGUGAUGCCAAUCUCACCAACUCUUACUUCAGCAGCAGCUUCAUUGGUGUCAACGGGUUUGGAAGCCCAGCAGAGUCGAAAUAUACAAUGAUGCAGCGAAUGACUACCAGCAGCAGCUCUCCCAGUCUUCUCAAUGAUGGUGCCAAGAAUUUCAGCCACAGCACUCAUGAUCCAGUAAACUCCUCGACUUCGUCACUGUUCAGUGAUUUCGGUGCUCUUAGCAUUUCCCAGAGGAGAAAGGCUCCUAACCCGACAGCGAGCGAAUUCAUCCCUAAGGGCGCUCCGAGAAUGGCCGCCAUGACGCAGUCUGCAGUUCAGGCCUUCCCUUCUCCGCUCUUUGCUCAUCCUGGUCUCGGGGGCUCCACAGCUGCUUUGGCGCCAGGUAUGUCUUUGUCUGCUGGAUCAUCUCCUCUCCACUCCCCAAAAAUCACGCCUCAAACCUCACCCGCCCCUCGUCGACGGAGUCACACCCCGAACCCUGCCAACUAUAUGGUGCCCACCACUGCGUCUGACCAGGGCGCACACGUCAUUCAGAAAGAGACCGUAGGGGGGACGACGUACUUCUACACAGACAACACCCCAGUGCCAAUGGCAGGGAUGGUGUUUCCUACCUUCCAUAUCUACCCCCCCACUGCCCCCCAUGUGGCUUACAUGCAGCCAAAAGCCAACGCCCCGUCCUUCUUCAUGGCUGAUGAGCUCCGCCAGGAACUAAUUCACAGGCAUCUAAUAACCAUAGCCCAAAUUGACCACUCAGAGAACCCAGAUGUACCGUCCGAGGUGGACAGCUACCACAGCCUGUUUCCCCUCGAGCCUCUCCCUCCACCCAACCGCAUGCAGAAAACCAGCAACUUCAGCUACAUCACCUCCUGCUACAAGGCGGUCAACAGCAAAGAUGACCUGCCAUACUGCCUGAGGAGGAUACAGGGUUUCCGCCUUGUUAAUACCAAAUGCAUGAUGCUGGUCGACAUGUGGAAGAAGAUUCAGCACUCGAACACAGUGACGCUGAGAGAGGUCUUCACAACUAAGGCCUUUGGAGACCACUCUUUGGUUUUUUCAUACGACUUCCAUGCAGGUGCAGAAACGAUGUUCAGCAGGCAUUUUAACGACCCAGCAGCAGACUCGUACUUCACAAAGAGGAAGUGGGGCCAGCAUGAACCUCCUCCACCACGGCAGCAUGCAGGCCUUCUUCCAGAGUCGCUGAUCUGGGCCUACAUUGUCCAGCUUAGCUCAGCCUUGCGGACCAUCCACACAGCCGGCCUUGCCUGUCGGGUUAUGGACCCAAGCAAGAUACUCAUCACUGGCAAAACCAGGUUACGGGUGAACUGCGUCGGCGUGUUUGAUGUCUUAACGUUUGACAACAGUCAGACCAAUCAUCUUGCCCUGAUGCCACAGUACCAGCAAGCUGAUCUAGUAUCGCUGGGGAAGGUGGUGCUGGCUUUGGCCUGUAAUUCACUAGCUGGAAUACAGAGGGAGAACCUGCAGAAAGCCAUGGAGCUGGUGUCUAUAAACUACUCUUCGGACCUCAAGAACCUUAUUCUGUACCUGCUGACUGAUCAGUCUCGCCUGCGCAGCGUCAAUGACAUCAUGCCCAUGAUUGGAGCACGCUUCUAUACGCAACUCGAUGCAUCGCAGAUGAGGAAUGAUGUCAUCGAGGAGGACCUUGCAAAGGAGGUACAAAAUGGCCGCCUCUUCCGCCUGCUUGCCAAACUUGGAACCAUCAACGAGCGACCAGAGUUUCAGAAGGACCCGGCGUGGUCUGAGACAGGUGACCGCUACCUUUUGAAGCUUUUCCGGGAUCACCUUUUUCACCAGGUGACGGAAGCAGGGACGCCGUGGAUUGACCUCAGCCACAUUGUCAGCUGCCUCAACAAACUGGACGCGGGUGUUCCUGAGAAGAUCAGCUUGGUUUCCAGGGAUGAGAAGAGCGUCCUUGUCGUCACCUAUUCGGACCUGAAGCGCUGCUUCGACAGCACCUUCCAGGAGCUGCAGGCUGCAGCUGCCGGCUCUCUGUAGCGCCCCCUUUGGCCUCAGGCGGGGACCGCCCCCACCUGGAGCGCACCAUUGCACUACAGUGGAGGACCAGUCUCUCGGACAUCAGCACAGCGAAGGCAACGAGGCGGGGCUUCGUCAACCUCAGUCACAUACACUGAUUCCUGUCCACCAGGAACCAUUUUUUUGUAAAGCAUAUAUUUUUCUUUGUUUUUGUGGCCGAAAAUUGAAAAACAAGGGAAAAAAGGAAAAUUGAUAACAAGGAAGCUGUGAUGACCGACAUUUUUUUAAAUUUGGGGAACAAAACGAGAUUUUUUUUUCCUGCUUUUAUUGUUUCUUUCUUCUGCUGGAUGUUGUUUUUUUAUUUUGAGGAGGAGGAUGCACUAAGAUUUUUAAUUUGUUAAUUGUGUGAGUGGCCUGCACACACACGGACAUAGAAACCAGAGGAUUUAAGUCCAGGUUUCUGUUAAAUUCACCUCUCUUACUUUCUCUCUCUGCCGGUUGGAGACCACACCCCUUCAUUCUGACGCUCUCCUAGAUGGGACGCAUCACUUGAGGCUUCUAGUGCGACAGGGUGGCACCUGUUUCUUUAAAUAGGCCAUCCCAUCAUUGACUGCUGGUUCCUCUUUGUGAAAAGACAAACCACUUAGGAAGGUGAACAAGGGUUGUAUAACUAGGAAAGACUGGAUUUCAGAUGUUUUUUUUCUACAGGAGAUAAAUGAACUUGAGACUCGCACUUGUGGGCAAACUUGGGCUUGGGACCAGGAUGAGAGGUUUUUUCUGUUGGCACUGAGGAAGGCGCGUCUUCUGAGGCUGAAGCGUUUGUUACAUAUGCAGCAGCCACUUUGUGGUUAUCGGACACUGCUGUGCUUGUUUCAGGUCUGCUGUCGUCAGUGAGCCACAGCGGCCUCAUUGUGGAAUGUCCUCCCCCCACUGUCCCCAAUCUCUGUCUUUAUCUACUUCCUUAAGUUUUGUCCUCUAAUCCCAAAUAUCACUCCACCCUCUGGUGGGGGGGUCUGCGUUUUGGAAGAAAAUUGAUACAUGCCGACUUUUUACCAGCUGCUUUUGUUCUCUGCUCAGCUGUUGUGCAAGAUUGCACAGCGGGACACAGGAGGCCAAUCAGGUUUUGCCUCACUCUCGCUGUUUAAUACUCUGUGGACCAAAUCCAGCAGGGGGUUAUAGGUCAAAGGGGGAAGGGAUCGAAAAAUUGACUAUAGUUUUAUUUGACUUUUUUUUUUUCUUUAGGAUCAUGAGACACAGGUUUCACACUCGGAUUUUCUCUCAGGAUGAAACAGCCGAAGUCCCCCCACCCCACCCACCCACCCAAGCCCCGAUGAUUGAAUGUCCUUGGUGGUCAUUGGGCUGGCCGGCUUCAGAUGGAUGUUUUAGGUUGUUUAAAAAUCUACUUUCAUGUUGCCCCCAAAGCACAGAUCUGUUUUCAUUUCAUCGGGGAGGGCUGUUAAAGCUAAAUCCAGUCCAAUUGGUUCCUCCCCCUGUAUCACAUUGUAUGAAUGUCAACAGACUGCAGCCUCUACAUCAGGCUGGAUCUUAUUUAUCCGUUCUAGGCCUUUAUUUUUAAAGAAAGUAGGGAAUGAUCUGUUCUCUGGAGGCAACAGCUGCACAGGGAGCCAUGCCAAAUCAUGAAAUACUUUUUUUUUUUAAAGACUGACGAUUGAAAAUCUGGUGAAAUUGGUGCUUUAAUCCCUUACAAACAACCUGAACACCUUUGGAUUCAGCCAAUACGGUGUCAGUGCUCAGAUUGCCGUGCCCCACAUUAUAACAGACACUCCUCAUGACUUCAGAGUUAACAACCCCCCACGCACACACAAACACACACACAGCAGCACACCUACAAUCGCCAUCUUAGUAUGUCUUAUACCCCUCUUGUGUUCUAGUCUCAGAUUUUUGCAAUAUUUGUGUGUACAGCAGUAUUUUAAUAAAGAAUACCAAAACUGA